AUGAUGAUUUCUAUGUACAUAAGGGAUGAUCAACGGAUGUGGGACCAAUACCUGAUGGAGUUGCAGUAUGCUUAUAACACGGCCACCCAUGAUUCUACAGGAUACACGCCAGCUAUGUUGAAUCUUGGACAUUCCCUCCGAACUCCAAGUACUAUGGAAUACUCUUCUAUGAUAUGGAAGAUACUCUUCUUCUUCAAGUACUAUGGCACUUCUUUGGAGUUGAGUAGGGAAGGGCCCCAAGGCCUGGAUGUGAGUAUACUUGAACAGAUGAAGGAAUUUAAAGCCCUGAUUGAACAAUGCAAUAAGAAUCUUCAACGAGCAUCCGAGAGUCAGGCGAGGUAUUUCAAUCUCAGGAGAAGGGAGGUGAACUUUAGAGUCGGUGACGAGGUGUGGUACCGUCAACAUCCCUUGUCAUCGGAUGUUGAAUCCUUUGCAGCCAAGUUUGCGGCAAAAUAUGAUGGACCCUACCUUGUCACUGCUAGGAUUGGCCCAAAUUUAUAUUCACUUUCCAGGGAUGGUAGGACCACAACCAGCAAGGCCCAUGUUAAGGAUUUGAAAAAGUAUGUAGUGUGA